GCAGCGGCGGCGGCUGCUGAAGAGGAGGAGGAGGAGGAGGAGGGGGAGAAGAGGGAGGUGUUUCUGUCAGUUCCGGCUGUUUGUUCGGGAAGUGGAUCCGCCGCUGCCGAAGCAGCCCGGAGGGAGCUGCGGAUCGCGAGGCCAACACCGACCCCGCCCGCCCGCGCGUGCUUCCCCCGCCCGCCAUGGCCCGGGACUACGACCACCUCUUCAAGCUGCUCAUCAUCGGCGACAGCGGUGUGGGCAAGAGCAGUUUACUGUUACGUUUUGCAGACAACACUUUCUCAGGCAGCUACAUCACCACGAUCGGAGUGGACUUCAAGAUUCGGACCGUGGAGAUCAACGGGGAGAAGGUGAAGCUGCAGAUCUGGGACACCGCUGGGCAGGAGCGCUUCCGAACCAUCACCUCCACGUAUUAUCGGGGGACCCACGGGGUCAUCGUGGUUUAUGACGUCACCAGCGCGGAGUCCUUUGUCAACGUUAAGCGGUGGCUUCAUGAAAUCAACCAAAACUGUGAUGAUGUGUGCCGAAUAUUAGUGGGGAAUAAGAACGAUGACCCUGAGCGGAAGGUGGUGGAGACAGAAGACGCCUACAAAUUCGCAGGGCAGAUGGGGAUCCAGUUGUUUGAGACCAGCGCCAAGGAGAAUGUCAAUGUGGAAGAGAUGUUCAGCUGCAUCACAGAGCUGGUCCUCCGCGCAAAGAAAGACAACUUAGCCAAACAGCAGCAGCAGCAGCAGAAUGACGUGGUGAAGCUCACGAAGAACAGUAAACGGAAGAAGCGCUGCUGCUAAUGCCCCCAGCCCACUGCAGAGACUGCGCUGCGGCCGCUCCCCGGCCCGAGGCCCCGCGGGGCUCCUCGGGGACAGUCUCAGUUUCGUGCCGUUAUUUAAAGAAUUCUUUCCACGUUUUUGUAUCGGGAGGCGCCACCGUUGGCACUUCCUCCCCUCCCCCCUUGAGUGCCAAGAAGGUGUUGGAUGACCUGCCCUUCCCUUCUGGUGCCCCUGCCCCCUGGCCAAGGCACCUGGGCCCGGCGAGGACGCUGCGGGCCGAGCGGACGGAUUCACCACAUCUGUACAUAAUGUAUAUUGCUUUAACCAGCCGCACCACCCUUGGCCUGCUCCGGCUCCGCCUCCUUAAUGCCAGCCUGCUGCAGUAGACCCUCCCGUCCCCGCCCCUCCCCGCCCCACCGGGCGGCCAGCGGCUUCCUGAGGAGACAGGAUCCAGUUCUAGCCACG